AGCGAGAGGAAAAGGCCAGGGGGAGCGUGAGUGAGUGAACGAGUGAGAUAAGCAGAGAGAGCAGCAUCUCUUGAGUGCAUUCAGCUUGCAGCAGCUCACGAGGCAGGAAGGCAGAGCAGAGGGAGGCAGCAGCAUACCUCUCUCUCUCUCUCUCUCUCUCUCAGAUACACACUCUCAUACGUCACACACACACAUUCAUUGGGAGGCGUGAGGAUCAGGAGGAGGAACAUCACACACACAAGCGUGUUGUUUCGCUGGCGUAGCUGCACUUUGGAGAGCUGUCUCUUGAAGACUGGACCAGAGCUGUAUCCAUCGCUUCAUCCAUCCUCUCCUUCCUUCCUGCUCUCCACACCUCCAGCGCAGAAGCGGGCUCUCCGUCCCUCGACCAUCUGGACUGAUUCGCUUUCUGUCACUCAUCUAACCUCUGCUCUCGCUCCACACAGCCGGGAAACCAAGAGGCGCCCAGUCAAGAGAGGACGAGGAGAGGAACCCCCCUGACCGACCGAGAGACCCACCUUUUCGACCGCAGCCAUGAACUUCCUCCGGCGCCGUCUUUCUGACAGCAGCUUCAUGUCCAACCUGCCCAAUGGCUACAUGACAGACCUCCAGAGGCCUGACCCACCUGCUCCACCUCCACCCACUGCCUCCUCCCCUUCCCCCGCCACUGCUCCUGCCCCUGCCCAGUCCCCGACCAAAGCUCCAGCACCAUCUCAGGCGCCGGCCAGCUCCCCCGCAACCCAGGAGCGCCGUCUGAGCCAGGCGGCCCAGCAGCCUCAGCAGGCCCAGUCCUCCGCCGGCGGUUCCUCUGGUUUCUUCAGCUCCUUCAGCUCCAUCACCAACGCGGUCAAACAGACGGCCGCGUCCGCCGCCGGGUUUGUGGAGCAGUCGGCCCCUUCUCCUACCCUCUCCAAGAAGUUCAAGAUACUGCUGGUCAUUGAUGAGCCCCAGCAUGAGUGGGCCAAAGUGUUUCGAGGAAAGAAGGUCCUUGGAGACUACGACAUCAAAGUGGAGCAGGCCGAGUUCUCAGAGGUCAACCUCGUCUCACAUUCAAAUGGAAACUGUAACGUGGACAUGCAAGUCAUCAGGGGCAGCACCAAAGUGGUCAGGUCCUUCCGGCCUGACUUCGUCUUGGUGCGCCAGCAUGCCUACAGCAUGGCCCAAAACGAGGACUUCAGGAACCUGAUCAUCGGUCUGCAGUACGCAGGCGUCCCCUCAGUCAACUCUCUGGACUCCAUCUACAACCUCUGUGACAAACCUUGGGCCUUCUCCCAGUUGAUUAGUAAUCAGAAGAAGUUGGGUUCAGAUAAGUUUCCUCUUAUCGAUCAGACGUUCUACCCCAACUACAGAGACAUGAUUACAACACCAAGUUUCCCGGUAGUGGUGAAGAUCGGUCACGCCCACUCUGGAAUGGGAAAGGUCAAGGUGGACAAUGUUAGUGACUUCCAGGACAUUGCAAGUGUGGUGGCUAUCACUCAGACCUACUGCACCACAGAGCCAUUUGUCGACGCCAAGUACGACAUCAGGGUCCAGAAAAUCGGGUCCGACUACAAAGCUUACAUGCGAACAUCCAUCUCCGGUAACUGGAAAAGCAACACUGGAUCUGCCAUGCUGGAACAAGUAGCCAUGACUGACAAGUAUAAGCUGUGGGUUGAUACCUGCUCUGAGAUCUUCGGAGGGCUGGAUAUCUGUGCCGUCAAGGCCAUCUGUGGCAAGGAUGGCAACGACUACAUUACCGAGGUUGUGGGUUCGUCUAUGCAGCUGAUUGGUGAUCACCAGGCAGAAGACCGUCAGCUUAUCUCAGAGGUGGUGCUGACUAAGAUGAACCAAGCGCUGGCUGCCAGGUCAUCUAGUGUUUCCCGCUCACCUGCUCGCUCCCCUCAAGGCCAGAAGGCAACAACCGUGCAGCCCCAACAGAGUGCUGCCCUUAAGGAAGGACUGCCGGAUCCAAACAGGACCUCAGGCCAGCGCCCUCAACCUCAAGGUGCAACAAUGAAAUCGCAGAGUGUGGAUAUAUCAUCAGAAUCAGCUAAGAGAGCAUCUGAACCAGCAGCAAAGAGCAGUCAGGCCCAGAAACCUGGUCCAGGUCCAGCUCAGAAAUCAGCUCAGGUUCAGAAACCAAGCCCAGUCCAGAAGGCCGCCUCAGUCACAAAGCCUCCAGUCCAGAGGCCUCCUCCUCCAAUGACAAGAGCCCCGUCCGUCUCAAAGCCAGCCCCAGAUUCUGCUUCCAGCUCAGUCCCAGCCAAAGCGUCACCAUCAUCUCCAGCUAAAGCAGCUGCCGCUCCGGGAUCACCCCCAACUAAACCAGCAGCAGCAGCAGCAGCAGCAGCGGUAGCAGCAGCGCCUCCUGGCUCCCCUGCGGCCUCGGCUCCGGCUUCCAGCUCUCCUCCACCCUCUGCUCCUACCACGGAGCAGCCAAAGCCCCAGCCUCAGGGCUCCCCAUCACCUGCGCCUGGCAAACCUAAAGAUCUGCCCCCCAAACCAACACCACCUGCAAAGCCCAUCCCUCCCGUGCGCAGGAAUUCCAAGCCACAGAUCCAGCCAAAGCCACAAACCCCACCUCCUCCCAAAGCGUCGCCCAAACCCCAGCCUGCCGCCCAAGCCCCGGCGCCCUCUCAGGCUUCAGAUGCCGCCUCGGCCCCUGCCCCAGCGCAGGUUCAGUCCCCGGCCAGAGCCAGCCAGUCCCCGACUAACCUCCAGUCUCCAGCCAAGGCUCAGCCUCAGUCCAAGCCAGCCCCGCCUUCCCCAAACCCCGAACCCGUCCCGGCUGAAGAUGCCACAGCGCCCACUGAGGCCGAGGCCCCUGGCGAUGAACAGCCACAGCAGAAGAGCCACCCUCUGCUGAAUAAGUCCCAGUCCCUGACCAAUGCCUUCAACGCCUUCAGCGACUCCUCUUUCUUCCGCGGGGUCUCAAGCUCCGGAGGCGACGGCCAAGAAGAGGCGAAGGCCGAGACCAUUCGCAACCUUCGAAAGUCCUUCGCCAGCCUUUUCUCUGACUAGACACAACCAAACCGUAGUCAGCCCAACCCCCUUCCCCCCUUUACUGGUUCUGGCCCUCUGUUCGCCAUCGGCCAGCGAUGACUUGACUGACAUUAAAUGUGACCCAGUCUGAGAUUAAAGUUUGUGUGUUAACUGUACUGUAUCUGCCUCUGCCCCCGGUCCCUCUCCUGCUCCACUUUCAGCUUCCCCCGUGUGAGUAACAGUGAGGCCUGCUGGGAGUUAGUCAAAACAAUAUUUUUGAAGGAGUUACGUCAUUGAUAUGAAACAGAAUACAGUAGAACAGAUUUCAGAUCUUUAUUUUUCCCAGAGGACACUAAAGGAACACAUUCUAAAGUAUAUGGAAAGAAUAAUAUUUAAGACUACAGAUGAAAUGUACAUAUAUACAUUAUAUAAAUAUAAACAUAUAUAACUUUCAAGGGAGAGAAGCCAAUGAUAGAAAAAGAUACCCAGCUUUUAAAUUAGCUUUUUUUGUCGGUGACAUAACUCUUUCAGUAAGUGGCUGGAUUUAUACCUACUUUUGAUGGUGUUCUCAUCCAGUGAAUCAGCGUCGGUCAGUAAAGAACUACUUCUGUGUAAAUCCAGCCGUUGUGUCUCUGGUCCUUGGCUACUGGGCUCAUCUUUGCCGCCCCUUUUUAUCUACAAGCCUUGAGGUUCAUCGAUGUGCGAGGGAGUUGAAUAUAUGUGUACGUUCGUGUGUGUUGACUUGUUAUGCAUGGCUCCUCCAAGUGGCUUGGUGUGACUCUUUUGGAACAGAUGGGAGCUCUAUCAGUGUUGAGUUCUGCCCUUCGUUGCCUCUCUCUCUCUAGAUGUUGUAGCCUUAUUGUGAACAUGUUUUCAAUCCACAGCUGCGUUUGUUAGCUGUGCAGACCUGAGUCAAUUACAGCUCGACAUGUGCUCAUUUGCUUGCAUUUGAAUCCUAACGGGUUUAGAUCGGUUGUUCGGCUUCGGUCCAGUCAAAGCCGGAAGGUGAACGAGUCCAUUUCAAACGUUGACUCAUGUCUGUAGCUGUGACUGGUGAUUUCCUGUUUCACCUCUGUGUAGAUUUAUCAACAGUAUUGUAAUUUGUUGAUUAUUCUCAUGAAAAGACAUUGAGACGGUAGUGCAAUAACACCUCGACGUGACUGUUGAGCGCUGUCACCCUAUUAUACAUAUGGAUAUUAUCAAACAUACAGGAUCUGUGUAUGUGUUAAAUACCUUACAUUCCCUUUAAGGUUCCUUUCAGUGGCGACUCUCCAGGCUGCUUUUCAUCUGCAGUCAGUCGCUGGAUGCUUAUUACGCCAUAUUAAAGUGUUGUAAUUGAUCCCACAAACUGAAAUGAUGGCAGCCUGGAAUGAAUCCACUACCUUCACUCUCUCAUCUUCGUUACGUUAGUGCAUUUGAAGUACAUAUACUACAUAUAUAUAUAUAAAAAAUAAUUAGAAAACCGCAUAUCAACCUGUCUGCUUAUCCAUUUCCUGUACUAUGUUGCGAGUAAAUUAUAACAUAUUGUAUUUCUAUGUACGUGUCAUCUCAGGAGUUUAUUUUUUGUAACAUAUCAACUGAUUUAUUUAUUUUUGAGGCUCCAUAUUUACGGUACAGUAUAUAAUGUUUGUUUUGUAUUGUGUUUUUAUUUGUAAUGCAAUAUUGCUUUGCAUGAUCUGGUGUUAAUAUUGUUUUAUUUUCUGUACAGAUGAAAGUUAAUAAAGAUGUGGUCCAUCGUU